UACAAGUGGCACUACUCAAUCAAUUGUGAACCCCACAAGAGCAACUUUGACUACAAGAGCAACUUUGACUACAAUGGCCACAACGACCGCCCCCGUCUACCCCACGUUGAAGCUCACGUACUUCGAAAUGCCAGGACGAGCCCACGUGUCCCGUCUGGCGCUGGUCAUUGCAGGCAUCCCAUUCGAAGACGAGCGCAUCUCGCAAGAGGCGUGGCCAGCGCUCAAGCCGACGCUGCCGUAUCAGCAAAUGCCUACGCUGACAGUGGAUGGCCAAGUGUUUGCCCAAGCGCACGCCAUCGAGCGCUACGUCGGCAGCCUCUCAGGGAUGUACCCGACGUCGAACCGGUUGCACGCGCUGUUGGUGGAUGAAAUCGUCGACUUUUUGGACGACAUCACCAAGUUGCUCAUGCCAAGCUUCUUCGAGCAAGACCCGGAUAAGAAAAAGGUGCUGCGAGAGGAGUUGGCGGCCACGAGUUUCCCCCGCAUGUUUGGCUUCCUCGAGGCGCGCCUGGUAGCGUUGCCGUCCAAGGGACCGUAUGUCCUCGACUCGAUUUCCAUUGCCGACUUGGCCAUUCACGGCAUCAUGCUUAUGAUGACAUCGGGGUUUCUCGACCACAUCCCCCAAGACAUUUGCGACAAGUACACACGCACCAUGGGGGUAUUCAAGGCCGUGCAAGCGCACCCAAAAGUCAUCGAGUGGUUUGCCAAAUGUGAUUAAGCACGAAGUCGAGUUGAAAUUCCCUAACGUUUGUACGUUUUUGGGUUGCGUUG